AUUACCCAAGAAACCAAAAGAGAGGGAGAAAAAGGGGGUCAGAAAUUAGUACGUAUAGCUUCUUGGGUUCAUUUCAUUCGAUCAUGAUGCAAAGAAGAGGUUGUGGUAAUUCAGCCAUGAAUGUCACUGUUCUAUUCCUUCUGUGCAAUAUGAUCAUCAAUAUCGGCAAUAUAACAAUAACGUUAGCCGCUGAUAAUGUUGAUCAGAAGUUAUCAUCAUGCGGAUCUUCAAACCACUACAAAGAGGCACUUGAAAAAGGUAUCCUAUUUUUUGAAGGACAAAGAUCUGGAAAAUUGCCACCCACUCAACGGGCUAGGUGGAGGGGUGAUUCCGCACUCAACGAUGGCAAAGCUCAGGAUGUGAACUUGACCGGAGGAUACUACGAUGCCGGCGACAACGUGAAGUUCACGUGGCCUAUGGCAUACACAGUUACCUUAUUGAGUUGGGCCGCGAUUGAACACCAGUGGGAAUUGUCUUCAGCCAACCAACUUGAGUACCUCCGCAGCGCAAUCUUAUGGGCCACUGAUUACUUACUAAAAGCCCAAGAUUCUCAGAGCUCGCUUUAUGCUCAGGUAGGAGAUGGAACUAGAGAUCAUCAAUGUUGGGAAAGGCCAGAAGAUAUGGACACUCCAAGAACCAUUUACAAGAUUGAUAAGAAAACUCCCGGAACUGAGGUUGCUGCUGAGGUUGCGGCCGCCUUCGCGGCGGCUUCUUCCGUCUUCAAACAUACUAGUCCGAGAUAUGCAGAUAGGUUGAUGCACCAAUCUAAGGAGAUGUUUCAGUUUGCAAUUACCAACAAAGGAUCUUACCAAGGUUCAUGCCCUUACUAUUGCUCUUUCUCUGGAUAUGAGGAUGAGCUGUUGUGGGCAGCCGCUUGGAUAUAUAAGCUAACCGGAGAAAAAUAUUACUUAAGAUAUUUAACAGCCAAUCAGGCCUGGAGUCACCCAGUCGCGGAAUUCAGUUGGGAUAACAAAUUUGCAGGAGUCCAAACUUUAAUGGCUAAGGAGUUUUUAGCUGGAAAUAUGAAUUUGUCUAAUUACAAAACCGAUGCGGACGCUUUCGUAUGUGCAAUGAUGCCAGGGAGUGGCUCUUCUCAGAUUAAGACAACCCCUGGAGGACUUCUUUACUCUAGAGAAAGCAGCAACAUACAAUAUGUCACAGGUGCGGCAAUGAUUCUCCUUUACUAUUCCAACACAUUGGCUGCUUCUCGUUCUGGCUCCGCUCAGAAAGUUCAAUGUGGUUACAAAUGUUUCACCCCGGCCGAAAUCACCGCAUUUGCUAAGUCACAAGUACACUUAAAAUCAUUUUACUGUCUCUGUUAUUAUUCUUUCCGUGUCGAUUACAUCUUCAAGAUAUUGUCACUGCUGAGGUGCUAAUCCAUUUAAAUGUGUUUAUUUGAUUUUUCAGAUUGAUUACAUAUUGGGAGACAACCCAUUGAAGAUGUCAUACAUGGUGGGAUUUGGGAAGAGAUUUCCAAUGCAGUUACACCAUAGAGGUGCAUCCAUCCCUUCCAUAUAUGCGCAUCCAGAAAAAGUGGGCUGUUCCAAUGACUGGUACUAUUCAACCAUGCCCAACCCAAACGUCCAUAUUGGAGCCAUUGUUGGAGGCGGCCCAAAUGCAAAUGACCAGUUCAUUGACUUGAGAUCGGAUUAUUCCCACUUAGAGCCCACAAUUUACACCAACGCAGCUUUUGUUGGAUCUUUGGCUUCUCUGCUCGGUCUUGUGAGAGAAGGAGCUGAUAAUUGCUUGUUAAUGCCUCAUCAACAGCAGAAUAGUACUACUACUAAUAAUACCAGCAGCAGUUACAGCUCUUAAUUCUAUUAUUGAUCAAAUUUCGUAAAAAAGCAUUUACAUCUUAGAUUGCUGCAUAUAUGAAACAAUAUAUUUGUUACAUACAUCUGUACUGGAAAAUAUGCGCAAUAAAAUGGUUGUGUAGUAGUAGAGACACCGCGGCCAUGAGAAAAUAUGUAUCGAUUGAGUUAUAUGUAAUGCAAUUGAUCAACAAUAAUUGAGUUUAAUUAUGUCAAAUUUCUUCUGUGGUAUGGUCAGCAAGCUAAUUAUUAUUGUUAUUAUUAUUAAAAGUCCUUGACUUUGUUGGCAUGAC